UUGGACGCCGUCAAAAAUGCCAACAACGGCGGCGCUGUUUAUCUUCCUGCUGGCGAAACAUUCGUGAUUGGCAAGCCUCUCGACCUUACAUUCCUCAACAACAUCCAUAUUCGCCUUGAAGGAACCAUCAGAUUUACCAAUGAUGUAGAAUUUUGGCAAGCCAACGCAUUUUAUCACCCCUUCCAGCGCUCUUUGAUGUUUUGGAAGUGGGGUGGGAAAGACGUGUGGAUUCAUGGCGAAGGAGUUAUUGAUGGUCAAGGUCAGAGAUGGUGGAAUGAGUUCUCGGGACAAGAAAUUCUAGAUCCUGAUAACGAGUACCUCAGGCCAAUUCUGUUUUAUGCGGAGGGCAUUGAGAACUUAGUGGUUGAGGGUAUCUUGAUGAAAAAUUCUCCUGUUUGGCAUAAUUUUAUUGUUGAAUCUAAACACAUCACAUACCGCGACGUUAUUGUUGAGGCCAAGUCGAACAACUCCACGGUUGAGCCUAAGAACGGGGAUUUCUUCAACUCUCUCAACGUUGAGCACAUUCGCAUUGAGCGCGUUUGGGUGGACUCCGACGAUGAUUGCUUUUCACCAAAGAGCAACAACACAGAUAUCCAUGUCAACACAAUGUACUGCAACAACUCCCAUGGACAGUCACUAGGAAGUCUCGGACAGUAUGAAGGAGAGUAUGUCUUCGUCAAAGACGUUGUUAUCGAGAACGUAUGGAUGCUGAACGGAAAUAACGGCGCGCGGAUCAAGGUCUGGGCGGGUGAGAACGUUGCGACGGGCUUUGUGGAGAACGUGACCUUCCGCAACUUUUGGAGCGAGAAUGAUGACUGGCCAGUCUUUCUGGACAGCUGUUAUUUCAACAUUGAUGCAGAGACGUGCAACAAGUUCCCCAGCAAGAUGAAGGUCAGCAACGUUUUGUUCGAGAAUUUCCGGGGUAUCUCGAGCGGUAGCAAGGGGCGAGCUGUGGCAAGAUCUUUCCUCACUCCAACCAAAGUCGACCUUUCCUCGGCGCCAGGGCCUGGAUCCUCGGCCCCGAGCACGACCCGCCUGCCGUUCCCCCGCUCCGACUCCAAACCCACCGUCGUCGCUUUCCUCCGACACUGCGGUUGUCCUUUUGCGGAGAAAACUUUCCGACUUCUCCGAGAUGCAGCCUCUCAAAAUCCUGACAUCGCGUUUGUCGCCGUUUCUCAUUCCUCCGAGUCCCACACCAACAAAUGGGUCUCUGAGGUGGGCGGAGCCGGCACCACAAAUCCUGUGCAAGUUGUUCUUGACGAAGAGCGCUCGGUUUACGCGAAAUGGGGACUGGGGGUCUCGGGCUUCCUUCACGUAUUGAGCCCAGGCGAACUGAGCAAGGUGUUUUCGCUCGCUUGGAAUGAAGGGAUCAAGAAUCGGCCGACGGAGAGCGGAAACCGCUGGCAGACCUCGGGGACAUGGGCUGUUGACGCGCAAGGAAAGGUGGUUUGGGGUGGAAUUUCGAAGAGUGCAUCUGAUAUACCUGACUUUGACAACAUCGUAUCCAAGUUGAAGAAGACUGGCGAGUAG